AGUGGCGGAAGAAGAAGAAGAACACAUUUCAGGGGGCAUUUGCUGAGGAUCAUCGGAAGCUGUCUUACCCCUGCCUGCAUCCGUGAGCGAUGGAGCAGACAAGAGUCGAAAUUCCUUCAGAGUCUGAAGGUGAUGUGGAAUCUUACACAGACGACGGAACCAUCACCGUCAUUCUGAUCUGCUGCGUCAUCCUCGUAGUAGUAGUUGUCAUCACUUUGAUUGUGGUCUUCCUGGCAAAAUUCCUUCUAAAACAUCGCAAAGUUUCACAUUCGGAUGCCCCUCCUCCAGGCUACACCGUGUGUGAAUCUGCCGCUUGCCUCGAGUACGCCCGCCAGCUCAACGCGUCCAUCAACCGCAGAAAAGAUCCGUGCAACAAUUUUUACCUGCACGUAUGCGACGGCUGGAGGAAAUCUCACCCGAAUCUCGGAAUGCUCGAUAUGAUGCGGCGACGGAUUUUGAACGCGUCUACAAAUUACCUAAUCAACCUGACGGAAGCUCCGAAAGACCUUCCGCCGUCAUUCGCUGCGUCAGUGACCCUGUACCGAGCAUGCAUUGCCGUUCAAGCGGAAGGUCUCGAACAGUUGGGAGAAAUAAGGGACAUGAUAAUUUCCACGGGCCUUCCAUGGCCUGGUCUUGCCCCGGCGCCGGGGCGACCCAUAAACCUCCUUGGUGCCCUUCUCUUCUGGGCUCUGUACUGGAACGUGUACGUACUAUUUCAAGUUGACCUUGUCAUCGCAUCAGGUGAUCCUCGAAUCAUAGAUGUUACAGUUUUGAAUAGUUCGUCUGCCUUCCAGUUCGAGUCAGAACGUCGACGGCUUCAGGCGCUUGGAGAGUACGAGUCAUUUGUGGGAACGUUCCUCCGGCAGUACGGGUCAGUCGGGGACAACGCUACGUUGAACUCUACGGUGCAAUACUUAAUUAGCGGCGAAGAGCGCAUCAUGCGAAUCCUUCAGCAGUCUUAUAGUAGUGAUAUACCCCACAGCGUGCCGGAGUGGCUGUUUAGAUCGCAAGACUUGAUAAACCAAGCUGCCGCCGCUCAUGUGUACACCUUCGUGUUGAUGGACGUUCAGCUCCGUCGUGCUUUAGAUCGGGUCGUGUUUGACGCGCCAAAUACGCUCGAGUACGCGUACGCUAUAACGUGGAUGCUAGCCCGCAGCCUUGCGCCCGACUACAGCGCCACGAUCGGUCGCAUGACUCCUGUGAGCGAUCAGGACAGGAACGUUAGGUGCCAUCUACGCGUAGCUCAAACUGCGGGCCCCCAUCUAAGUGUGCUGUACCUGAGAAGCGUACUUACGGACAACAGUGAGAUCCGACUUCGGAAUAUGUUCCAAGACAUUCAAGACCAGGUUCUGCUCGAGGUCCAAGAAAGCGCCUGGCUUGACAACCAGACACGGUCGAGAGUGAUCGCUCGUCUUCGAAGGAUCACCUUUACUUGGGUGUAUCCCACGAUGGACUUUUUCGAGGAACGUUACCCGGACUUCGUUCUGCCUGCAAACGUAUCGUUCGCCGAGGGAAUGAGCAUGGCAGUCGAUGCAACACGCAAGGCUGCAUUCGGCCCUGACAUGAGCAUGCACCACGACGACACCCUAUUGCCAAAUGCCCACCUGAUCGCCGCGAAGCUUUUGGUGAGGGUUCUGCUGGGCUUCCUGACUGUGCCAAUGUAUUCGGACGACUUUCCGAAAGUUAUAAAUUAUGGAGCCCUCGGAAGUAUCUUGGGCCAUGAGAUCAUGCACGCAUUUGAUGUGACCGCGUUCGAGAUGAACGCACUAAACACCAAGCAGAGAUGGCGGGAUCCGGUAACGUACGAAACGUACUACGAGAAAGUGGAAUGCAUUCGCAAUAGUCAUCUGUACUAUGACAAGAUAUUUGGUCGUCAACUGAUGCCGGAGUACGACCCCGAACGUUUCUGCGAUGCGACGGGUGUCCCCGCUGCUCUGGCCGCAUUCCUUCGGGACGGUCCUGAUGUUCGCUUGCCCAAUAUGACGCAUUUGAGCAAGGAACAGCUGUUCUUCGCGGCAUUUUGCUACGUCAUGUGUACUAGUUCCGAGAGCCAGAGGGAUGGCAAGUAUGCGCCGGGCGAAGAGCGUUGCAAUGUGCCGCUCAUGAAUUUGCCGGAAUUCUCAUUGGCGUUCAAGUGUAGACGUCAGGACCCCAUGAAUCCCGAAAAGAAGUGCAACUUUUGGUGAUCUUAGCACCAUUGAAUAUUUAUGUGCUAUCGAAUACAAGUUCGUACACGUUUGUUCAUGUUCAGCUGCGGAAUGUUCAUAUCACGUUGUCAUAUUACUGAUACUUCAAAUCGUAUGUUCACAUAAGUGCAUAGAGAGAGAAACGUUGGUGCUUACACGGCGGUUAAUUUACGCUACAGUCCUAGUAUUAUGGGCAAGAGGAAUUUAUGAGUAAAUUUAUCCGGUACAGUUGGACGGAAAACGCAAAUGUGUGUGUGUAUUGCAUUGGGAUGUCACUGAGUGUUAAGUGAAGAACAAGGCAGUGGGCCGGGAAAGUGACCCGCGUUGUACUUGUCUUGUUUUUUUUUCGUGUCUAAGUCUGCAUAUGUCAAAGACGCCAUCUCACGAUUGUCACUGUAAUGGGGCAUCGAAGCGUUGUGGAAGCUUACAAGGAAAGUAUGGGAAGAAAGAUGGUACCCUAAACUUUGCUGUGGAGUAACCAUGUGAGCAGCAUGGCUGCGAUGACGUCUGGAUUCCGGCUAUAAUAGUCCGGCCUUAACGGCAUGCAUAAUAGAAAAAAGCUGAAGGUCCGCAUGGCAACACAAACAUCUGUAUCAGUGAAGUGAACUCUGUGAAGUCAUAUGGCGGUCCGCCUAUGUGAAAGUCUGUUUCGAGCAAAAGCGUAUGCUCGAUAAAAUCGCUAAACCCACAGUACUGGGACAAAUAAAGACACGCACAACACCGA